CUGGCGGAAACGUGCAGCCCCUACUUAAGAGCAUGCGGCACGCCUCUCUUCGAACACGAACAACGAACAGCUCCUUAUCACUAUCCUAAUCAUGCCUGAGCCCGCCGACAUAGAGAACAAGCUCAUAUUGGCGGUCAAUUGUGGAUCAUCCUCGAUCAAGUUCAAGCUUUACACCGCUUCCUCUCUUCGCUCCAUCUUUUCCGGAUCAGCUUCCAAUGUUGAGCAGAAGGGUCUCAAGCCGGUGAUCAAGUACACCGUACUUCACAAUGAGCACGGUCAUGAAGAGGAAGAAAAGCACCAGGAGGAGGAAGACGAGCACAUGCCUUAUGAACUUGUCUUCGAACGUAUCAUUACCCUGCUUGAAGAGUCUCAGCUCAAACACUUUGCGGGUGAAGAUCAUGAACGUCCCCGUGAUUUGAUCAGACUCGUUGCUCAUCGUGUUGUACAUGGCGGAACGCAAAGUGAACCGAUGGUGCUUUGGCCCGGCCAUGAAGAGGGCAUAGAUCUGCUGGACAAAUUGGCGGAGUUUGCUCCGCUUCAUAACCAUCGCUCGAUUAUUGUUGUCAAAUCAUGUCUGGAACAUCUUUCCGCCGCACAUCAAGUUCUGUGCUACGAUACCCUCUUCCACCACACCAUACCGGCUAAAGUCUACACUUAUCCAAUCGCCCCACCUAAGGAACCCUCGCCUGUGCCGCUCCGCAGGUAUGGAUUUCACGGGCUCUCCUACUCCGCCAUUCUGCGCUCGGUAUCAAACUACCUCGGAAAGAAAGAGGAGGACACCAAUCUCGUCGUUGCUCAUCUUGGGAGCGGUGCAAGCAUGUGUCUGAUUAGAAGUGGCAAGAGUGAGGACACAACGAUGGGCCUUUCCCCUCUCGAAGGCCUCCCCGGCGGCACGCGAACCGGUUGCGUAGACCCGGUUCUAAUCUUCCAUCACACACCAUCGUCCGUUGAGAUUGUGUCAUACAAGGGCACCGAUAUAACCAAAGCAGAGCUUGUCCUGAACACUGAUGGUGGUCUGCAGGCCUUGGCUGGCACAUCAGACUUCGGCCAGAUCAUCUCCCACCUGCCUCAAGGCUUCGACCCCUUUUCCUUGGACAUUUCCCCUGACGAUAAAUAUGCGUUUACAUACGCCUUGUUCUUGGACCGCGUUUGCAAUUUCUUGGGCUCGUACUUGAACAAGCUGAAAGGACAUCCGACGUUGCCAACACAUUUGGACGGCAUCGUGUUCUCCGGCGGCAUAGGAGAACAUGCUACUCGCCUGCGAGCCGAUAUCGCCAAGUAUUUACAUUGGCUUGGCGCGGAGCUCGACUCCCAAGCCAACGGCCUCGAUUCGGACGAUGUCGUUAUCAAAAUCUCGACGGAAUCCAGCAAGAUACCCAUGUUCAUCUGCAAGACUGAUGAGGAGCAGCAGUGUGCCCGCAUGGCACAUCCCUACUUGUUUUAGAGAUCCCUUCCCAGUCUCACUUUGUAACACUCGAAGAAAGAAGCCAAAGGUAGAAGCCAAU